GUUUCAGUUGUAAAGCUCUUCUUUUUAAUAAAAUAUUUUUUCCAAAAGAAAGGCCAAUAAAUUGCAAUUUUUAUAGUCCCUGUAACCCUAUUUUGACUUGUGCACGGUCUUCUUUCAAUUUUAGGUUACAAAAAGCACUGGACCAGUCACUGAAGCUGUGGAGACGAGGUGGAACACCAGACUUGCCAUGCUCCAGUCAAUAAAUGAUGCUCUCAAGUCUGGUAAGCUGCACGACAUCCUGCUUCGCAGAAGCGAGCUCCGUUACCUCAACAACAUAGACUGUGACCUUCUUGAGGACGUCAUCCAGCUCCUGAAACCUUUUGAUGAGGCUACCAGGCACCUCUCCAUCGAUCAGGCACCUACUCUUCACCUCGUCCUCCCAACCAAGGCAACCCUGCUGCAGGGUUUGUUGAUCCAGGAUGGAGAUAGUGCAAUUGUGAAAGAGCUGAAAGAGAAGUUGGCCCAGGCAGUGGAGUUGAAAUUCAAAAUCCACCUGUACCAUAAGCUAGCCACAGCUCUCUCUCCUAGCCUGAGGAGUUUCUUGAGGAAAACGCUCUCCGGUCAGGAGUAUGAGGAGGUCAUCAACACCCUGGCAGCACUCACAGAAACAGCAGGGACAGAGGAGAGAGCGAGAAGCCUUGAGAAGAAACAGGGUCCACCCCGAGAGGCAGUUCCCAGUCCCACAGAGGUGCACGACUUCUUUUCCUUUUGUGUUGAAAAGCAGCAACAGGAGGGGGACAGUGGUGGUAUUUCAGAGUCAUGGGGCCGCCAGUUUGUGGUAGAGUACAUGAGUGACUCUAAGUUGACAGGCUUCCAGUCUCUGCUCAACUUCUGGCAUGAGAGGUCUGAUGGGCUAGUGCCAGUUGCCAGGAGGCUGCUAGCAAUCCCAGCAACAAGCACUCCUUCUGAGCGUAGUUUCAGUGUUGCUGGGAGACUGAUUGAGGAGAGGCGUUCCACCCUCAAUCCAGAAAAUGUAGAUGAACUUUUGUUCCUACAUAGCAAUUUAUAAUGACAACUAUUCAUAUGUGCUGAAGAGUGGAAAAGUAGACUGAUAUGCACGGUGGCUGACAGACACACAGCAAACAGUUAAAACGUGCUGCAAACACAGGAAUGAAUCAAAUUCCAAAACAAAAAAACA